AUAUGAGGCAGAAUUCAGUUCGGUUGCAGUUGAAGAUUUGGUAGGUUUGGAUAUCGCAACAGAACCAUGAUGUUGAUGCUUGUGUGUGUAUUUGUGUUGUUGGGUGUGCAAGGGCUCCAGGGCCAGGACGUUACAAAACCGGCAGCGCCAGUUGCAGACACUGCUUUAACCAGGCUGUGCCGAAACAAAUGCCGUACGGAGCUGUGCUACCUAGCAGACGAAACUGACUGCCGGCGCUUCAUCAUGUGCGAAGAGGUGGCCCCGGGCAACCAGUAUACUGCCACUGUCAUGCAGUGCGCCUACGGCACCUUCUGGGCGGGUCUCCAGGUUGAGAGGACAAUUUCGUGUGACUCGCCAAAGAACGUCAACUGCAGCAUCAAUUAUUGCCAGGGGCGAAAUGAAGGCGAGAAGUUUGACCUUCAGGACUCAAAUUGCAAGAUAUACUGGGAGUGCAGUAGUGGAGUGUUGACUCCAUCGUGUUGCGGCGAACUACGGAAGUUUGACCCAAAAGCAAAAGCAUGUGUGGCCGAUUUAACCUGCUAUGACCAGUGUCCGAUCAAGAAAGACGUGUGUUUGCCUAAUGGUCCGGCGACAGAGCCACUGGACGACGCAAACUGUCGCACUUACUGGAAUUGCGGGGACAAGAAUCCACUCCCGGUCUGUUGUGAAAGCGGGAUGGGAUAUGACCCCGAAACUGCAGAAUGUAAGGCAAACGGCUGCACAGAUAUCUGCCCACCUCAGUAUGAAAAGGACAUUUGUAAGAAGGGUGUUCAGAAGUAUGACAUCCAGGAUAAUCACUGCCGCACAUACAUGCAGUGCAAUGCGGAACUUGGGGACGAACGCUGGUGUUGCCCCUCCGGCCGGAAGUUCGACUCUGGAACUGAGGGUUGUGUGCCGCUUGAGGAGGCCGACAAGUGCAAUGACUACUGCCCGCCAGGAUAUAAGGAAUUUUGCCCCCUUGAACCAGUACCUACGAACAGCUCCAAGUACAUCACCGUUGAUGGCAAAAUAAAGACCGUUAUGGACUGCGCUCCCGGGUCACUUUUUGACAUUAAAACGUGCACAUGUGCAGAGAGGGUGGAUGUUCCAGAUAACUCGUGUAACAUGGAACUGGACAUCGUGUUCGACGAUGGUAAAAUGGUGCGAUCUGGCGCACAAAAAAAGACCCAAAUAAUCCAGUACGGUCAGCUCGAAAAUGGCACCGAACCCGUCAACAACAGGCUUCCCUUUGUCCUCAAUGGCAAAGCUAAUUUCGAGGUUCCGUUUGCCCAGCAGCAGUACGACAACGUUUUCAUAAGCGUGUACUUCAAACCGGCCAAUAACGCUAAUGAGGGUCGCCAGGUUCUGGUGUCCAACUGUAUGAACCUUGAUCUUGGUGCGCCUACCCUUGACCUUUCCCUCCUUAAUGGAAAUGUACAGCUUCAAGUAGUGACCAUCGAUGGAGCCGGACAAUCGGACGUUAUACAACUACCUUUUCAAGUGAACGUGUGGCAAGAAGCGAGAGUCCUAUACACGAACGGUACGCUUCAACUGGGGGUACAGACGAACACUGGGUCAGGGAAAGGGUUAGCUGGCAUGCCACUCACAGGCGGGGUAACCGUAGCGGGAAAAGGUCUCGAGUUUUGUGGAUGUGGACAGAUAGGUAACGAGGAGAUAACGGAAAAUGGCUUCGUCGGAUUACUGGCUGAGUUGAAGUUCUCCAAAUGUGUGAAGCAACUGUGGGUAGACGAGUUCGUGGAGACGUUUGGCAGUGCAUGAGAGUUAUAGAACGAUAUAAUGAUUGAUUUGUUUUUAUUCCUGGUUUUGUAAUCCGAACUGUUUUGUACAAUUCUUGAACAGGCAUUGCCUACUGAACUAUUAGAUUGUUAAUAGCAACGACAUUAUAUGUUGAACUGAAUGAAAAAUUUGAUCGAAUAUAUACAACUGAAUGAUUGUUCAA